CAGCUCCCAGCGGAGGCGCCGGGGACAUGGAGCGGACCUGAGCCGCGCUCGGCGGCGGCGGGGCUCCGGGCGCAGCGCGGCAGCGCGGCGGAGCCCCCCGCAGGAUGUCCAUGAGGAGCCCCAUUUCUCCCCACCUGGACCUCAAUGGAGCCAGCAGCAUGGUGAACUGCACCAUCAAGACGGAGGAGAAGAAGGAGGGCUGCUACGAGUCCCCGCCGGGGGCUGCCCCGAGCGCCGAGCCCCGCGCCAGCGACUUGCCGGGGCCGCCGCCGAGAGAGGGCACCGACCCCCAGGCCCUGCCGCAGGAGUCCUGCUCGCCGGCCAGCGAUGCCCAGGAGUCCAGGCGCUCUGCCUUCGAGCCUGCCGUCAGCAGCCAGGAGAAGCUGGACUUCAAUAGAAACCUAAAAGAGGUUAUGCCAACCAUUGAGAAAUUACUGUCCAGUGACUGGAAAGAGCGGCUGCUGGGCCGAAACACCAUGGAGUCCAAAGAAGUGAAAGGAACCCAGGAGAGCCUGGCAGAGAAAGAGCUCCAGUUACUCGUUAUGAUCAACCAGCUGUCCACACUCCGGGACCAGCUCCUGACAGCCCACUCGGAGCAGAAGAACAUGGCAGCAAUGCUCUUUGAGAAGCAGCAGCAGCAGAUGGAGCUGGCACGGCAGCAGCAAGAGCAGAUCGCAAAGCAGCAACAGCAGCUCAUCCAGCAGCAGCACAAAAUCAACCUGCUGCAGCAGCAGAUCCAGCAGGUCAACAUGCCCUAUGUCAUGAUUCCUGCCUUCACCCCCAGCCACCAGCCUCUCCCCGUGACUCCCGACUCCCAGUUAGCUCUGCCCAUCCAGCCUAUCCCUUGCAAGCCAGUGGAUUACCCCGUGCAGCUGCUGCACAGCCCCCCUCCUCCUACGCUGAAGAGGGCCAGUGGCUCGGGCCACCUCCAGAUGCAGGAAACCUCGCAGCCGCUGAACCUGACGGCCAAACCCAAAGGCUCUGACCUCCCCAGUGCCUCCAGUUCACCCAGCUUGAAGCUGAACAGCUGCCAAUCCCUCACUCCUAGUCAUGGGACCGCGAGGGACCUACAGACGAGCCCUUCCAACCUGCCUUUGGGGUUCCUGGGCGAAGGCGAUGCUAUCACCAAAGCAAUCCAGGAUGCACGGCAGCUGCUGCACGGCCACAGCGGGGCCAUAGAGGGGUCACUGAGUAACCCCUACCGAAAGGACCACAUUGGGAUCGAUUCUUCCCCAGGAAAAGAGAGGAUGGAGGAGACCCCUGCCCACAGGCUGGACGAGGCCUUGUUAACCUGUGAGAUGGAUGGCUCACGGCACUUCCCUGAGUCCAGAAACAACAACCACAUAAAGCGGCCCAUGAAUGCUUUCAUGGUGUGGGCGAAGGACGAGAGACGGAAGAUUUUGCAGGCCUUCCCAGACAUGCACAACUCCAGCAUUAGCAAGAUCCUAGGCUCCCGGUGGAAGUCCAUGACGAACCAGGAGAAGCAGCCGUACUACGAGGAGCAGGCCCGGCUGAGCCGGCAGCACCUGGAGAAAUACCCCGACUACAAGUACAAGCCGCGGCCCAAGCGCACGUGCAUCGUGGAGGGGAAGCGGCUCCGCGUGGGCGAGUACAAGGCGCUGAUGAGGAACCGGCGGCAGGACGCCAGGCAGGGCUACUUGAUAGGGCCCCCGGGCAGCCAGCUGCCCGCCGCCGCCGCCGCCUCGGACGUGCUGUACCCGCGGGCGGUGGGCGUGCAGCUGGCGCCGCCGCUCGUGGAGCACUACCUGCCCCGCGCCGCGGACCCCAACAUGCCCGUCAUCGUCAACACGCGCAGCCUCAAGGACGGGGACGGCGAGGACGGGCACUCGGUGGCGGACGGCGAGGCGUACCGCUACAGCGAGGAGGAGGACUCGGAGGGCGAGGACAAGAGCGACGGCGAGCUGGUGGUGCUGACGGACUGAGGGCUGCGCGGCUGGAGCGGGCAGCAGCGGGCUCCCGCCGGGCAGAGCUCGGUGCAGCCCAGCGCAGCCCCCGGCUCGCGCUCGCGUCCCGCGUCCGGGCUAAGCGAGGCAGAGCGGCGCGCGCCGGCGCCGGUCCUCCCCUCCGCCGCCGUGCGGGGACCCGGCUGCGGCGGGGCCGCGGCGAGCCGGCAGGCAGAGGUGAGCCGUGCCGCCGGGGCGCGGGCCGGGGACCGCCGGGGCGCGGGCACCAGUGCCGCAUCCGCGCAGCACCCGUCCGGUCCGCCCGCAGCCCUCUCCACCCCCCCCGCGGCUUUUCCCGCUCCUUCCGUAGAGCCGAUUUUAGCUCUCGACCAGCCGGAGCACGAGCCAAGGGCUCCUCGAAGGCCUCCUCGCUUCUGACGCCUCUGGCCCACUCUGUAAAUAAAGCGGGUGCCUGAGCAGCGGGUGCCUGAGCCGUCCCCCCUCGCCCCAUCCAUCCCCGGGCGUCCCUCCCGCUCGCGCCCCGGCUCCGCAAGCUGCAGGCUCCACCUGUGACCUGCAUUGCAAAAAAAAAAAAAAAAAAAAAAAAACACAGAGGAAGAGCAAAAUAGCAGCAAUUAAAAAAAAAAGAAGGAAAAAAAAGAGAAAAAAAGGAAAUUAUGAAAAAAGCCAAACCAGACCUUGCUCCCUUCAGAGCCCAGCCCCGCGGCCGGCGCGGAGCCGGCGCGGAGCCAGCGCGGAGCCCGUGCACCGCCUUGUGGCACCAGCCGGGCACAGGCACGGCCGCGGCCUCGCUGCGCCCGGCGGUUUGGGGAGGCCUCGAGCCUCGGCGCUGCUGGGCUUUUUUUGCCGGCGACGUGGGAGGCAUCGCAACGGCCCCGCCAGGCGCGUGCUGCGGCCAGCCGGGCCGGCAGCGAGGGGCGAGCCGGAGAUCUGGGGCAUUGCAGCUGAUCUGCAUGCUCUGCCCUUGCGAAUAGGAGGGUAAAAAAGAGAGAGAGAAAAAAAAUACCGAAAGCAAAGCAUUAGGCCCCAGGUUGGAGAGGAAAGGACAAAUCCAGGCUGUGCCCCGCAGGCCGAGGGAGCCCGCUGCCUCCUCGCCCCCCCGCAAAGGGCUCGUCUCCCUUCCCCUCCUUCAGAGCUUUAUUUAUUCCCCCUCCCGUGCUGCUCUCGCGGAGCCGGGCCGCGGUCCCCAGGGAAGGGAUGCCGGGCCGGCGGCUCCGGGAGCGGGAUGAGCCGUGCUGCCGAGGGGGGCUGCACUCGGCCGCCCUCCGCCACCGUGCCCGGCUAACAUGCAACUCUUGUUCUCGUUUUUUUUUUUUUUUUUUUCUUUUUUUUUUUUUUUAAAAAAGACUGUAAAUAUAGAUAGAGCUUUAUUUUGUUAAUAAGACGAGGAGUAACUUAACCUGUAUAUUUCACAUACUUGUUUACAACUGUCUCCCCUCCCGCCCCCUUGGCGCAAUAAAACGACUUUUUGGA